CGGGCGCGGUCCUGCCCCGGGCCGGCAGGGGACGCUGCGGCGGCGGCGGGUGGCGCGGGCUGGCGGCGGGCGCUGCGGGGCUCAGUCGUCGUCGGCAGCGGCAGCGGGACGUUAUGCAGGAGCGGGGCGCGGGGCCGGGGGCGCUGCUGGGCGGCGCGGGGGAACAAUGGGCUCCUUCUCCGCGGCCCUGAGAGGCGCUGGGGCUUGAGGCAGGAGCGGGGAGGACGAGCGGAGGCGCCAUGAGCUCCGCCGAAAUUAAGAAGCCACCAGUGGCCCCCAAACCAAAAUUUGCUGUGGGACAGAAGGCAACACCUCCACCUGUUGCACCGAAGCCUGAUGUUGUACUUUCUGGUAUUAUACAAGCAACGAGGAAAACUAAGCCAGCAAUUGCACCAAAACCAAAGGUUCUCAAGAGCUCAUCCACUACGGAAAUUAGACCUCCAUCGUCUAUAAGAAAAAGCACAAAAAGCUUAGAGGAACACAGAGGAGAUUCUUCUCAAACACUGGACCACUUGAACUAUAAAAAUGAAGCCUCAGAAGAGAGCACUGAUAACACAGCAUAUAUUCUACCAAUGUCAUCUUGCAAAUUUGAAUGCCUUCAUAAACUUGGAAAUGGGGAGAACACUUGUAAAACUCAGAUAAUUUUUGAACAUUUUGAAAACUUGGAGAACAUCAAAGUAGGCGAACAAACUGCGCUAGCUCUGGGAGAUGGUCACAAUGAAAAACUGGCAAAUAGAAAUCAGGUUGUUUUGAAAGCCAGCAUUCUGGAAGAGAAGCUUAAAGAUGUUCUAACUCAGAGUGUCUUCCCCAACAGCAGCAGUCCUGUGAGACACAAGUAUGCAGACCAACUUGACAGAGGGAAUAGCACCAGUUCCAAGAACAAUGUUAAAAUAGAGUUUAUGGAACUUGUGCAGUCUUCAUCUUCUUUCGAGGGAGCUGAAGGGAAGCAACAAAAUACUGACAGUAAGCUCACUGCUGAUGAGUUUGAGAUGUCUGAAACUUGCCCUAGUUUGAAUGAAAAUAACCACAGUUGCUCUUGUUCGCUGGACCAGGAAAUCCUGGAAAAUGAAAAUUUAAGUAGCAAUAUUAUGUUUUCAGAUGAAAUGUGUAUGAAAGCAGAUUCAGAAAAGACUUCACUUUCUUCUGAAACAUGUUCAGCUGUGAGCUCAAAAAUGCUUCCAAUUCCUAAGCCAAGAAAGCCACGUUCUGCAUGUCUAGUCCGUCAGGAUGGCGUAGACACUGCAGGAGAAGGAACAAAGGAACCAUCUAAUUCAGAGAAUGAUUCAUUUGGGCCUUCUGAUCAAAGCUUUAAAAAGCCAGCAAAAAUUAACAUCCUUGGUCAAAGUGUUUCUUAUAACAAUAAUACAGAAGUGCUUCAUCCUGAAAAAUCUGAGCUAACUCAAAACGUUGCAGAGAAGAUGCAUCAGGUGAAUGAACCUGCUGAUACUGAAGAGUCAACAUCACAAAAUCUUUUGCCUCAGAUGUCACACAAAAUUUCUAAUUUGGUAGAAAACAUUGAAUGCUCUUUAGAGAAAGACUUUAACUUAGUUAACUCCAUGAAUAAAAUGACAGAUGAUGCUAGUAUGCUAGAUGCUGUGGACAAAAGGACUAACUUUAUCAGAUGUGAUGCUUUGUCCAUGAGUUUGCCAAAGCAACUCAAAUUAACUGGCAGUCAGCAUUCACCUGCUUCCAGUAGCCUCCAUGUUUCCUCACAAAAAAUGGAAGAUAAAGAAGUUAAAAUAAAGGAUGAAAGCUCUCCAAAAAUCAUUCCUAAGAAACCACAGAGGCAUAGCCUACCAGCUGCUGGACUGCUGAAAAAAGCUGCAUCAGCAGAGCUUGUUGAAAAAAGUUCAUAUGCCUCCAGUGAAGAUAAGAAAUCAAACAGCAUUCUGGAAGGAACUCACUUCAUGCACAUGCCAGCCAAAGAGCAAGGAAUACUGUCUUCCUGUGAUAUACCCAAACGUUCUUCUGAAAAACCCAUCUGGAAGUUACCUCAUCCUAUUCUUCCAUUUUCAGGAAAUUCUGAAUCAUUAAAAACUGCUAAUGUUGCUACAAGCUUCAGCCAUGCAACUGUUUUGACCAAGCCUAGAGCCAAAUCUCUCUCUUCUGUGGACAUGGAAAGGACAGACAAGCCUUGCAAAGACCCUCAGAAGAAAAACAGUUUGAAAAAGUUUCUCAACAUGAAACUGUCAGUUUGCCUAAUGAAAAGUGACUUCCAUAAAUUUCUGUCUAAAGGCAGCCAGUCGAUGGAUAGUGCUAUUGCUAGCCUUUCCACUGGGGAAGGGUAUGGAAAUGGUAACAACCGGAAUAUAGCAUCCAUAAGUAGUGAAAGGAAAGCUAAAUCUGCCAAGGCACAUUCCAUGGAAAUAAGUAGUCCAGCAUUACAGAAGAAGAGGCAAAGAAACAGAAGUCAACCUGAGAUGCGAAAUACUCAAAGGAUGGAGUCUUUAGAUGGGCAUGUGCUUUCAGGAGAGCAUUUGUCACAAACACGUUUCAAUUCUCUAACAAGUAAUUGUGCUCCAGAAUAUGAGAACGUGUGUCACUAUGAGGAAAUACCAGAGUAUGAGAACUUGCCUUUUGCUAUGGGUGCUGGUAAAAAUCUGUGCUUUGAAUGGCAGAGUUCCAGCAGUGUGGAAGACCAGAGCCCUGGCAUAUAUGAGGUUGAUGAGCCUUUUGGAGCUACACGCAGGCGUUUGAGACAUGGCAGGACAUCAGAAGAGCACCAUGGUCAUCCUAGUGUGGUAAUGGGAGAUCUUCAGUCAGAUGAAGAAGAUAUCAUGAAUAGUUCUGAUGAAGAUGAUGACACAAAUUCUGAUUCUAGCAAAGGGGAGCUGGAUCCUCAAGAAGAUAAACAGAGUAAGGCAGCUGGAAAGAAAACAAAAGUUUACCAUAUUGCCAAGGAGAUCAUGAGCUCAGAGAAAGUGUUUGUGGAUGUGCUAAAGCUCUUACACAUUGAUUUCCGGGACGCUGUGGCACAUGCCUCCAGGCAGCUUGGAAAACCAGUGAUUGAGGACAGAAUCCUGAAUCAGAUCCUGUACUACCUACCUCAGCUGUACGAGCUUAAUCGGGACCUCCUGAGGGAACUGGAAGAGCGAUUGUCUCACUGGCUUGACCAUCAAAGAAUUGCUGAUAUAUUUGUGAAAAAAGGUCCCUACUUAAAGAUGUAUUCAACUUACAUCAAAGAAUUUGAUAAAAAUGUUGCACUGUUAGAUGAACAGUGUAAGAAGAAUGCAGGUUUUGCUUCAGUAGUUAAAGACUUUGAGAUGAGCCCCCGCUGUGCUAGUCUGGCACUCAAGCACUAUUUGCUCAAGCCCGUUCAGAGGAUUCCCCAGUACAGGCUCCUUUUGACAGAUUAUUUAAAGAACCUUUUAGAAGAAUCUGCAGACUACAGGGAUACUCAAGAUGCACUAGCUGUUGUCAUAGAAGUUGCAAACCAUGCCAAUGAUAUCAUGAAGCAGGGGGAUAACUUUCAGAAACUCAUGCAGAUUCAGUACAGUUUAAAUGGACACCAUGAGAUUGUGCAGCCAGGAAGGGUCUUUCUGAAAGAGGGAACGUUGAUGAAGCUGUCCCGGAAGGUCAUGCAGCCACGUAUGUUUUUUCUGUUUAAUGAUGCCCUGUUGUAUACUACUCCAGUUCAGUCAGGGAUGUAUAAACUCAACAACAUGCUCUCAUUGGCUGGAAUGAAGGUUAAAAAGCCAACCCAGGAAGCAUAUCAGAAUGAACUGAACAUAGAAAGUGUAGAGAGAUCUUUCAUUCUUUCAGCAAGUUCUGCAAUGGAAAGAGAUGAGUGGUUAGAUGCCAUCUCCAGGUCAAUUGAAGAAUAUACAAAAAAGAGAAUCACAUUUAAUCCUAGUAGAAGUCUUGAAGAGGCAGAUCCAGAGAAACAGGAGGAAGAUAGUCCACUAGGCUCAAAGGCUCCUAUCUGGAUUCCUGAUACUAGAGCCACUAUGUGUAUGAUCUGUACUAGAGAAUUCACAUUGACAUGGAGAAGGCAUCAUUGCAGGGCAUGUGGAAAGAUUGUCUGUCAAGCUUGUUCAUCAAAUAAACACAGCUUAGACUACAUGAAAAACCAGCCAGCAAGAGUAUGCGAUCAUUGCUUCAGAGAACUACAGAAACAAGAUAACCAGUGCACUCCCAAGAGUGGAUCCCCAGUCAACCAUAAAUCUCCGUCCAGUGCCUUGUCUACAGUUUUACAUAGUAUUCCAUCUGGAAGAAAACAGAAAAAAAUUCCUGCAGCUCUCAAAGAAGUUUCAGCAAAUACGGAAGACUCUACAAUGAGUGGCUACUUACACAGAUCUAAGGGCAGUAAGAAACCAUGGAAACACCUAUGGUUUGUUAUAAAAAAUAAGGUGCUAUACACAUACGCCGCUAGUGAGGAUGUGGCAGCAUUAGAGAGCCAGCCUUUACUGGGAUUCACAGUCAGUGAAGUAAAAGAUGAAAACUCAGAGUCUAGAGUGUUCCAUUUACUGCACAAAAACACUUUAUUUUACAUAUUCAAAGCAGAUGAUCCUCACUCAGCUCAAAAGUGGAUAGAAGCUUUUCAAGAAGGCACCAUAUUAUAGUAGCAUCAGCACCGUGUCUGCAAGUCUAAAGCAAAAUGUCUGAACAUGAUGGUAAAACACACACAGUACAGCACCGUUGUGCAAAGAAAUGGAAUCCUGCCAUGUCGACCUACACAAAAUUGUAUAUUUGUCAGAAUUAGGAAUUGUUGCUUUUUUAGUGCAAGGUAAUAUUUUUUAAAGAAUUGUGUGUAUUUGUGUAGAUACAAAAUGUGUUAUUUAUUAAAUUCCAAUGUUUACUUUAAUGGUCAUAAUUAUUUGUGAGGUCUGCAUUCAGUUCCGAAAUGCCCUUGUCUUCAGAACGGCAGGUGGUUCAUCAAAAUAUUCUUAGAUUUUUUUAAAAAAAACAACACAAACUUUAUUACAGUUGUAUGUUUCCUCAUGAUUUUUAUAGGUCUUGAGUUGCUGAUACUCACUCUGCAAUUUAGCAAAAACAGAUCAGAAUAGGAAUUUUAAAAGAGAUUUUAGACCUUUGUUGGUUAUGUAAACUCCUUUAUGAGAAGCUGUAUAAUAACGCUACUGUUCUCCUUUAAUGGCAGCUGAAGUCCUGUGUACCAGUAUAGUAAAGCAGUACAACAAAUUCUGUAUCACAGAAGGUCUUGCAAAGUACAGCUCAAUUGUUUAAAAAAAAAAAAGAAAAAAUAUUUUAAAAUAGACUUUGCAAUUACUGAGAUAAUGCACUAGAGCUUUUACAAUACUGCAGAAACCAAAGAGACUAAAUUAAUUAUCAUUAAAAAAUUGCAGGAUCUGUAUUUUCUUUUAUGUUUCCAGUAGUAAAUUAAAGCAGAGUCAAAAUGAAUUUUUCACACAGAGAGAAAGAUUACACAUCUCAAAAUUCUUCACACUACAUGAGUUCUGUAUGCAGUAUGAAAUAUUAUCUAAAGUACUGCUCAAAAAACAUUAACUAAAUAUAUGCCAUUCCCCAAAAUGUUAAAAUAUUGUAUGCAUAAAUAUUAUGUUUAAACUGGAAUUGCCAUAGCAAGAAAACACAGCUUUUUUUAGUGUAGAUGGUGUUGAAAAUGCAUACCAUUCUUUGAAUACAUUUUGUUUACACUAUGAUUUGUUCUUUUUGACACUUUAAAACACUUUUUUUUUUUUUUUAACUUUAGAAAACUGUCAGUAUACCUCAUUAGGAAAUACUUACUGAUGAUUCUGGUGCAUUUAUUCUAUUUAACUUUUGAGAAACUGUUAAUACUGUAAUAGCAUAAAUGGAACUAGAACUAUGAAAAACACAUAAAAGGAAGUCAUAUUUAUGUUAAAUGCAAUGCAUAUGUAGCCAGCCAGUUAAUUUUACUGUAUGUUACAUUUUUCAGUGAUCAUCUGGAUCAAGCUAGUUUUGGUAACAGGAUUAAGAGCAAUUCAUCUUCAAACUGCUGGUUUAAAUCUAUGUUGACAGUUAUUUUAUGGCCUCACAAAGUAAAACUGGGAGAGGAGUUAGGGAUUUCCUUUGAGUUAUCCCCAAUUACCUGUGUUGAUGGAAGUCCUAAUAUGGACAAAAACCCGGGAGCAUCUAUUUUUACUGAUAUAUUGACUGAUGUCCUGGUUCAACAGAGUACUUGCAUUUGUUUACAUUGAAGGAUCUGGGGUUAAUUAUUUGCUGGAACAUGAGGGACAUGCAUAUUGAGAAAUGGAGGAUUUAACCAUAUUUGAUUACAAUGAUUGUGAACUCUAUGGAACAUACCAAAGCCUGGUCUACUGCAGCUCACUACUGGAUGUGGCUUCACAAUGUGUAGAUGACACCAAAAAAUAGGUGAUAGAAUUAGUAAUUAGUAGUCAUCACAGAAAGGCAGAGGAUGAAAAUGCAAACCAAAAUACUGUUGUUCCCUCAAAAUAAUACCUCAAGAUCAGGCUUAAGAUACUAACAUAGCUCUAAGGAAGCUUGCCUUCCAGAGCUCCUGUUCAGUUGGCAGGGAGUUUGGAAGCCUAAUGCUUUAACUAAUUGUAUUGACUUCAAGCAUUUCAGAAGUCCUGAGGACCUUUCUGAACCAGGGACUUAAGGCUGUUGAUCUGGCAUCAACGCUAAAGAUUUGACCAGAUAGUGUUUGAAAAUCAGUGGAAAUCAGAUCAAAGCCUUUAUUCACUCAUUUUUUUAAAAUACAAAUGUGAUAAAUACUCUUUUUUUUGUUACAUAUAUAAAGGGCUUUUAUGUAAUUGUUCAGAAACAGCUGCUGACUGAAGCCAAGUAAGCUAUUAGCAUGUCUCUUCAGGUGAUUUCUGACAUGCUUUUACUGUGUCCGAAAUAAAGCUGAUACUAAUAUAACAUAGAUGUCAUGUGGUUCUUUCAAUUGAUAUUAUCAAAUGGAAGAACUCCUUAAUAUUUUUAUAUGAACUGCACACCAGCUAAGAUGGAGAGCCUUGAGCCUGCAAAUAAAAAAUAUGUUCAUGGCUGGAAGCAAGUUAAUUUUGUUUUAAAUUUAUGGUUUGAUAUUGAUUUCUUCAGUGCAAAAUUGAAACAGAGCAAUAAAAAGUCAAAACACAGAGUAAAGUGCCCAAGUUCUGCUUCAUGUAUGGCAUGAAACUACCUCUAAAUGAUUUGGUGCAGAAUAGGAAAAUAGUUUAAAGUGUUCUGUAGAAGUCAGAGAACUUCUUCGAGAAGCAGUAGAUCAACCAAAAAUCUGUGACACAAAUAUAUUGGAAUAGAGCCUUAAAAACGUUAGUAGACAUGUUGCAGUCUAAUUCUGUAUGAAAUAGGUGACAUUUUGUCUAAACAUAUUUGAAUAUUUAUAUAUUCAGCACUAGUGGUUUGUAUCAUAUGAAAAACAUUUCCAAGACCCACAACGUAGGUAUUUUCAUCAUGUUUUCAGAUGACUGCUUUUCAAACUAUUACCCAAUUUCUCCCUCCUGCCCUUUUAUUCAUUACCACCGAAGGUCAAGUAUUCACUUCUACAUUUGACUCUUACAUCAGCAGAUUUAUUAAACAAGACCAAUAGUUUUUAAACACCUGGCUACCUCUUAUAAAGAGCUAUAGUUAAUAGUUAUUUAAGGUUCAUUAGUAGAGUAUGAGACAAACAUUAGCAUUGAACAUUAGUUCUAGUAUCCUUAAUCUUGGAUAAAUGAAAGGUUUUAGGAUCCUGAAUUGUCUUUAAGAAAUCAUUGACUUAAAACUUUUUAUUAUCCCUGCAGUACUUAAGAUAAAUGAAUGGAUGAACAACUAUGGAACGUAUUUUACUAGGUUUUUUUGUGUAUGGAAAGUGGACUACCAAAUUAUUUAUAUUACAUCACAAAGUAAAGAGUUGUUUGGAGAGACAUUCAAUGCACUUCUUUGCCCUAGCUCCUGUCCAGUGAAUUUACUGUCCAAAUAUACUUUUAUCUGGAGCAGUCCUAAAUUGUACUGUCUAAAUGAAAGAAUAGAAUCUUUAUUUUGUAAAUGAAAAGUGCUGAAAUUUGUUGUAAAUAUUCUUGUGGAUAUGUAUCAUUUUUGUAUAAAUAAAUUCACAUUAAUUGAA